AUGCCCGGCACAACUGACAUUGCAAUCUUGACAAAAGGUUAUUCAUCACGUUUCGGUCAGCAAGUGAAUGGGUGUAAAGUUACUAUAGAAUUAAAACAAGGAUUGAUUCCAAAGCAUGAUUUCAAACACAAGGAAAGCUUUUUUCAGCAAAUCAUUAGUCUUACCAUGAUGUUCUCGCACACUUCAAAUAAAAAAGCUAAUGAUACUGGCAAUACCAGAAAUACGGAAAGAGAACUUGAUAGAUUUGAUAAUGAAAGCCCACCCAAAAGAAGAAAACAGUUAAAUACUUUUAAUAUGCAAAUCAGUGAUAUCACAAACUUUAAUGAUUUUGCUGAUACAAUGCCCGACAUAGAAGUAAUGUCAAAGAUGAUUGAAAGAUACAAAAGAGAGAUUUAA